AAAGUGGAGUGUUGGUUAAGCCAGGCUUUACAAUGAAGAAGUUUUUUGGUUUCAGGACUGCGAAGGUGCAGUCAUCCUCGACCUUUGACAUCGAGCUGAUGAAUGACUUGAGGGCUUCCGUUCACAAGGAGGAAGUCACGGAGACCCAGCCCCGGUAUAACAUCCGUGUGAAAGAGCUCAAAAAGAUCCACAAAGUUGCUGUCAUGGACAACAUAGUCAAAAUGCAGCGGUUGCUACUGCGUGGGCAAGACCUGAAUAAAAGAGACAAGAGGAAACGGACGCCUCUCCAUCUGGCCUGUACCAUCGGCCAUGCCGACAUGGUAGAUUUUCUUGUAGGGAGGAAAUGCAAGCUUGACCUCUAUGAUGGAGACUGUAGGACUCCUCUAAUGAAGGCUGUACAAUACCAGGAAGAGGCAUGUGUAACUACUCUUUUAGAACAUGGUGCUAAUCCACAUCUUACGGAUAAGUUUGGCAAUACUGCCCUCCACUAUGCUGUUGCUGGUGAGAGCAUGUCAAUAGUAGAGAAGCUGAUUUUAUAUCAUGCAAAUAUUGAAGCAAGAAACAAGUUUGAAUUCACACCGUUUUUACUUGCUGUAAAUGAAAACAAUCACGAAAUGGUGGAAUUGUUAAUUAGAAAAAAAGCAGAUGUACAUGUGGUUGAUAAGUUUAAAAGAACAGCCCUCAUGCUUGCUGCACCUUCUAAAUCUCCAGAUAUAGUCAGGCUUCUCCUUCAGCAAGGUGUUAAUACCUCUUCUCGGGAUGAACGUGGAUGGACGGCAGGAGACUAUGCUCUUUUUAGUGGAUUUGAUGGGUAA